GAGCAGCUGGUAAUACUGCUUGCACAACUUGCAAUUUUGUCGGCAUUUUCUUUAUUGCAUUUUUCUCACUUUAAAAGUUGAGAGCGACAAGUAAUGUAAAGUCUUCGUUAGCAAAGUUUCGAAAAUUCCCAGUAAUGUUUUGGCUCAGAGGGCUACAGAGAUCCCGGCAGCAACUGAACAGGCUCUGCCAGUUCCGUAGUCGUCUAAAUUACGGGAGCACUCCCAGUAUCCGCUCAGUCCAACCGCCAAGCUCCGUCGCCAGAAGCUCGGGGUUGUGUAGCUCCCUCGUACGUUACAGCUGCAGCGCCAAUCUUCCCCAACCCGCUGAGAUGGCCAGUAAGACCGCCCACUUCGUCCUGCCCAACACGCAGCCCAUCGCCGAUCUGGACUGCAAGAGUGCCUUCGAGAAUCUUACCGAGAAGGAGAAGCUCUAUGCCCACCACUUCAGCCAGGCCUCCUGGGACGGCGGCCUCAUCGCCCUGAUCCAGUCCAGUCCGGAGGCGCCACUCAUAUUCUCCCUGCUGCACCGCAUCUUCCUGGCCGAGAAAAUUCCCGCACUGAGGGAAAAGGCCCUGAAGGCGGGAGUAUCCGAGGAUGAGUUUACGGGCUUUCUGGUCUACGCCUGCGGUGUGUUCGCCAACGCGGGCAACUACAAGGGCAUGGGCGACAGCAAGAUCGUGCCCAAUCUGUCCGAGAAACAGUUCGAGGCCAUCGUCAAAGCCUCCGCUGCCUACGUCGAUGAGCCUCGCGUGGGCAAGAUCUUCGACAAGGUCAAGGAUCUGAUCUAUGCUCUGGAGUCCCGCAACGAGAUCCUGGGUUUUGCCCCCGAUGGAAUCACCACCUAUUGGUCGGACAACUGCACCAAGGAGGACUCGGAGAUCGUAAACUCUUGGCUGACCUCGAAACGCAUCGAACCCUACAUGUGCCGCACCUUCAAGGUGGUCGAAAAUGGUCAAACCAUCUACGACGUCAAGCUGGGCUCCGUGGCGGAGUCGUCGCAGGACGGUAUCACACUGCCGCUGGAGGAGUACAAGGGCAACCAGUUCCGGGUGACCCGCGGCGACUACCAAAAGCUGCUGCAGCGCGUCAACCAGCAUCUGCUGGAGGCCCAAAAGUACGCGGCUAACGAAAACGAGUCCAAGAUGAUCGAGCACUACGUUCGAUCCUUCGAGCAGGGCUCGCUGGCCGAGCACAAGAACGGAUCGCGUUGGUGGAUCAAGGACAAGGGACCGGUCAUUGAGACCUACAUUGGCUUCAUCGAGACGUACAGAGAUCCCGCUGGAGGUCGGGCCGAGUUCGAGGGCUUCGUGGCCAUGGUGAACAAGGAGAGCUCGGCCAAGUUCUCCGAGCUAGUGAAUCGCGCGGAGAAGCUGAUUGAGUACCUGCCCUGGACGGAGCCGUACGAGAAGGACUCCUACCUUAAGCCAGACUUCACCUCUCUGGAUGUGCUCACCUUCGCGGGCAGCGGAGUGCCAGCGGGCAUCAACAUCCCGAACUACGACGAAAUCCGGCAGGAUGAGGGCUUCAAGAACGUCUCGCUGGGCAAUGUGCUGGCCAAUAUUAACCGCAAGGACCCCAUUCCCUUCCUCUCCGAGGAAGAUCAGACCCUGAUGAAGGAGUACAAGGUGAAGGCUUUCGAGGUGCAGGUCGGUCUGCACGAACUUCUGGGCCACGGCAGUGGCAAGCUGUUCCGCAUCGACGAGAACGGCGUGUACAACUUUGACAAGGAGAACACCAAGAACCUGGUCACCGGCGAACCCAUCUCGAAGUGGUAUCUGCCCGGAGAAACCUACGACACCAAGUUCGGCGCCAUUGGCUCCUCGUACGAGGAGUGCCGCGCCGAGGCCGUGGGCCUGUAUCUCUCCCUGCAGCGUGAUAUCCUGGAGAUUUUCGGCUUCAAGGACAAGGCGGAGCAGGACAACAUAAUUUACGUCAACUGGCUGAGUCUCAUCUGGAACGGCAUGGGCGUGGCUCUGGAAAUGUUCAACCCGAAGUCCAAGCUCUGGCUGCAAGCACACUCCCGCGCCCGCUUCGUGAUCAUGAAGGUUUUGCUGGAGGCAGGCGAGGGCCUCGUCAAGGUCGAGGAAACGGAGGGCGGCAAGAACCUUCUGCUGACGGUGGACCGCACCAAGAUCGAUACCGUGGGCAGGAAGGCGCUGGGCGAUUUCCUGACCAAGCUGCAGGUGUACAAAUCGACGGCCGAUAUCGAGGCGGCCUCCAAGAUGUACGAACACUACUCGCAGGUGAACGAGAGCGGCUCGCACCCGUGGGCCAAGUGGCGGGACAUCUGCCUGGCGCACAAGAAGCCGCGCAUGAUCCUCGUCCAGGCCAACACGGCGAUCGGCAAGGACCAGAAGGUGCAGCUGAAGACCUACGAGCCCAGCCACGAGGGCUACAUCCAGUCGUGGGUGGAGCGCUAUCCCACCACCGAGAUCGACGACCUGCUGGAGAACAUCGUGGAGAAGGACAAGAAGUACUUCCCGACUGCCUUCAGCAACUGAGAACAUCGCAUUUAACAUUUUCGCCUUUAUUUCGAACACAACUUGUUAGCUAUAAUUUGGAGAAAUUUUAUAGUGGUCAUCUAAUGACAAAGAUUAAAUUUUAAUUUAAA